CAUAUUCCAAUAUCAAAUCAAGAAGUCAAAGCAUUUUGUUCGCACUGGAAAUUCACGGACAUCAAAUGAUUGGCACCGAGGAGAUGUCCACAUCGACUGGCAUGGAUAUAAGUGAAUCCUUUCGUGCCGAGGAUCUCUCGAAGACGGACUUCUUCGACUUUGUCACAGCGCCUGACAUGGGCAUUGGCAUCGGAGUCGGCGUUGGCGUCGGAGUCGAUGUGGCAGCCUGCGUAGACCUGCAACAGCAGCAACAUCAUCAGCAACAGCAUACACAACAGCCACAACACAGUCACAAUCACAGCCAAGGACAUCAGCCAAACACGUCACAAACGCCACAGCAGCAAAGAAAUAACAACAACAACAUGACGCACGAUGUCACAGAUGGAAGCGGAGGCGGGGCAGGGAUUGUGGCAGUCAGCAAUCGCAAUGGCACCACCAGCAAUGGAGGCGAUCCCACGUUACAGGGCUACGAGUUCUGGCACCAAGACAAGGACAACAGCCGCCUGGACUCGAGCUCGAUAUUCGAGGACCUCGAUCGCUACUGCUGGCAACAGCAGCUGGUGACAGCGAGCGGAACGGGGAGUGUGAACACGAGCAGCGUUCGAUGUAGCACCCAACCCAGUCCCACAUCUCCGCAAGCACAUCCCCUACAACAACACCAGCAGCAGCAACAGCAACAACACCAGCAGCAACAUCAACACCAGCAACACCAGCAGCAGCAACAACAGCCCAAUGCGAGCAGCUCGUCGAGUGCGGCGGGCAGCAGCAGCGAUACCAUCAGCAGCCUGGAGACAGCCGAUGGCCAGAUCUACACACUGACAGUAUUAAACGGAGCCGAGCCCUGGCUGAAGCGGGAACCGGAGCAGCUGCCCAGCUCGCUCGAUCUGGACAGUCUGCUGGGCAGCUUUCCGGGCUACAUCAAGUCGGAGUAUCCCUACGACGACAGCGGCUUCAGCACGGACGGCAAGGAUGUGAUUGUCAGUGGGGCAGACGCCAAUGGUCUCAGCAGUAUUUCGCAAUCCCAAUCGCAGCAAUCUCAGCACGGACAGACGCUACCCUCACUGGUCACGGCCAUCUCUCUGGCGGGUGGCGGCGGCGGAGGGGUGAAUGAUCUAGGCCAGCAGCUGGCACAGUUCCAGAACAACAACAACGACUGGCACAUGGCCGAUCACAAUGCGGAAGCGGAGCAGAACUCGGCGGAGUCGCUGCUGCGCAGUGCACUCCAGGGCAAAGGCUAUGCCAAGGGACUGCAGCACAUGCAGAAUGGCUUGAGUUUGCCCGUGGUGAAAGACGACGAGAUGCGGCGAUUGCUUUUCACGCCCGACGAUGCUGCCGACGCUUUGGGAUUCGCGGAUUCGACGCUGAGCACGGCGCAAAUGUUCGAGGAUGCGCAGUCGAUGGGCCAGGUUGGCGGCGGGGGCGUCAUGUCUGCGUCGAAUCAUGGCCAGCAUGGCGGCAACGCCACCAACAUUAUUGUGGAUGACAUGUUCCUGUCGCUGGAGAACGCAUUCAGCGAUGACUUCGAGAAGCUCAAGCGGCUGGCCAACGAGGUGCAACAGUUCUGCAGCGGAGGCAACGGCACGCCCACGCCUGGAGAUUACUCGAGCAGUGAUGUACUCAUGCAAAUCUCGCCCAGCGGCACCGCAGCGAGCGCAGCAACAGCCCCGCAACUGCAGCCAUUAGCCAAUGCCCAGCAGCAACCACAACAGCAGCAGCAGCAACCGCCGCCGCAGCCAUUGAAGCCAGAGGUGUCAACGUCGACUGUGAGUCCAGCUGGAGCAGGAGGUCGCCUUGGCGGCGUCAGCAAGCCGAAGAAGCAGUACAAGCGCAGCAACAGCAGCAUCAACAACAACAAUAACCCGAGUGUGGCCAACAACAACAGCAAGGCGGGCAACGGCAACAGCAGCGUCUUAGGCGUCGUCAUCGGAAAUGGAGGCAGUUCCUCAUCGAGUGGCAGCGCCAGCAGCAGCAGCAACAGUCCGCCCGCCAACUGCAAUGCCAGCGGUGGCUCAGGCAGCUCGGGAGGAGGUAGCUCCGGAGGAGGCGGAGGACAGCGUAAGGAGCGUUCGCUGCAUUACUGUUCGAUCUGCUCGAAGGGAUUCAAGGACAAGUACUCGGUGAAUGUUCACAUACGCACGCAUACCGGAGAGAAGCCGUUUGCUUGCUCGCUGUGCGGCAAGAGUUUCCGGCAGAAGGCGCAUCUGGCCAAGCACUAUCAGACGCACAUGACCCAGAAGAACAACGGCAGCCUCAUCAAAGGCAGCUCCUCGAAGCAUCAGCGAGCCGGCGCCAAUGCAGCCAAUGCGGCAGCGAGCUUAGCUCAACAGCGACAGCUGAGUGCGGUGUCAAGUGCUGUGGCCACGCCCAGUCUGAUGAGUGCGGGCGUUGUGCUCAGCGGUCCCAAUACCCCGCCCGGAGUGUUACCCCCGGCCAAUGGGCUGCUGGCGAAUCGGUAACGAACCCAACAAAGCGAAACCACACACAACCAACUAUUUCUUGUUCCUUACUUACAAAAAUACAAAAAAAAAAAUGAAAGAAUAGACAAAAAACAAACUAAGAUUACAACUCGAAUACUCUUUUGGGAGCCAACUAAAUCCCGCAUCGAUCAUUGAUGAAUUCCUAUCUCAGCUUUCUGUGCAAUUCCUAUAAAAAAACACACACACACACUAGAAGCACUUCCAAAUAAAAUACUCAACUUUCAACACACACAUACAUACACAAAUUAAUUUUAAAUGUGCCAAAUUAUAAAGAGAACAUAAAGUAAAAUGCAAUCUUAAAUAUAUAUGAACUAAUGAAUUAAUCAAUUAAUUAACUAAACCUACUUAUAAAGUAACAAGUUGAAACGAAGCUAAAAAGCAAUUUUACGAGUGGUGAUAUCAAAAUGAGGCCAAACGCUUCCUUGCAAACAAAACAAACACAAAACACAAAAGAAUCAAACAAAACUCUAUUAACUCACCCACAUUUUAUUAUUGUUAAACCAAUUAAUUAUAAAAAUAUCAUAUUUAUGAAUUAAUGAAUGUCUUCUUAGCCGCGUUUCCUGUAUAUUAAAAGUAUUUCAUUCAUUUAUAGUUGCUUUGUCCAAAUUAGCAUAAAGAAGAUCGUCUGUGUAAAUACAACUACUACUAUUAAAUAUUUCAAACGAAUUUGAACACUUCCUAAAUUAAAUUUAAUCUCAACUUCGGCAAGUCGAAGAUUAAAUACUCUUGCAGUCGCUUCUUAAUUGUUUUUGAAUGCAAAUUAAUUCUGAAUUUUGCAUUCUUUUGUGAGUCGCUGCAAGUGUAUUCUUAGCACAAGUUGAUAGAUUUUAGAAUUUAUGGUUUAUCUGCAAAGAUUUCUUAAGUCGCUUAAGUAUUGGCUACAUAAAUAAAUAAUACUCAAGUUACCCGCUGCUCUGCCAAGUGUUCAGGUACUUAAAAAGAGAUCCAUGAGAUGCGUUUUUUUGUUUAUUUUACGCAUUGCACUUGCCAUUAAUUUUGUAUUUGUUAAAGAAAUCAUUCAAAAUGAAUAUAAUGAAAAUAUAUACAAUGUUUCUUCUCACACUCUCAACACAAACAAAACGAAUGUACUAUAAAGAAAAGAAUAUAUUAAGUAUACGCAUAAGUAAAACAAAUUAAACCUAGAGUUAGAUGUUAAUGUAAAUGUUAAUUAAACUGCCAAUUAUUAUGUGAUAGUUUUAAUACAAAUACUAUGCAAAUAUAUCUUUUGGUGUUUGGGUUAUGUUACAGAUAUUACGAUUAAACAAAAUUGUUAUACUUUUAUGUACUUACUGUGAACUCUGCAAUAUUCUCUAAUUUAUUGAAUUUAGUUUAUGUACAUAAUAAACAAACUUGAACUUGGCGAACACGAAGACGAAGACGAAGAUACUCUAAUUCAUAAUUAAGCUCUUGUUUAUACAUAAAUACUUUAUAUAUAUAUAUAUACUCGUACUUGCAUUCAUACUCCUAAUGGUUAAGCAAUGAAAUUACACUUUUAGUUAAAUGUUUGUUAGUUAUUAUUUAUGCAAACCAACCACACACAAUGCUCUAGCAGCUACAUAGAUCUUACUCGCUAAUUAUCUAAGUAUUUGCAAGCGAUUCGAUAUACAGAAGAAUAAAAGCGUUUUAUUGACAAUUCAAUUAC